AUGGGGCCUCAUAUUACUUCCCCUCAGUACAAUUUCUACCCAGGUUGCUGGUCUAAUAUCUGGGUUAUUUGGCUCCUGGUAUGGAACUGGCUGCCACAAGAAGCAGUUGUGAUCUUCAUCUCCGGCGGAGACGAUGCGCUGGAGUUUGGCGUUGGCGCAGGUUCUGGCGGGGCUGGCGCUGUGGAUCGGCGGAGGCUCCGGACAAAAACCCUGGCAAAGGUGUCCGUGUACAAGUACGAGUUUCUGCGCACCUUUACCCGCGGACCAUCAGUUCCAAGUGGAGGCUGGUUAAGCCGGUGGCACUUCCUGUACACGUGGUCAUCCAGACAGCAAGGAGGGUCUAAGAAUUCCCACCUGAUGCAGGCGGUCCUUGUCUUUGAUAGUGGAGGAUCGGAUUGGACACAUUACGACUGGUCUAAGAUCACGACUAUCGUUGCCUUUGGAAAGUAUGACCGUGAGCUUUUGUGUCAUGCUCAUGCAAAUAACGUUCGAGUCGUCCUGAAAGCAACUAUAGCACAGCACAACUUACUAAACAGAAACAAGCGAGCAGUUUGGAUCAAAAGAAAAAUAUUGUUGGCAAGAAAGCAAUUUAUGGAUGGCAUCAAUAUGGAAAUAUGGGAAACUGAUACUCCUGGAUCUGAACAUUAUCAUGCAGUAUCUCAGCUGGUUGAGGAAGCCACACAAAUCUUCCACCGGGAAAUACCAGGGUCUCAGGUCACAUUUAAUGUGCCUUGGACUCCAGAUUGCACAAUUGGCCGGUGCUAUGAUUAUGCAGCAAUUGCAAAUUCUUGUGACUUUUUGUUUGUGAUGUCAUAUGACAUGCAUCGUGGAAUCUUGGACGAUUGCAUUGCAAAGCCAAAUGCUCCCUAUAACCAGACCUUAUCAGGUCUCUCUGCUUAUAUCAACCUGGGUAUUGAUUCCAGAAAACUCGUGAUGGGAGUUCCAUGGUAUGGUUAUGACUACACUUGCCAGCGCUUCUUUGAGGCUGGUGGAUGUGACUUGACGACAUUUCAUUUAAAUAAAUCCACUUGUAGCUUUCGAGCUAGCCGUUGGAUCCCAUACAAAGAGGUCAUGAAGCGCCUGCCCAAAUCAAUUACUGGCAGAUAUUGGGAUGACAGUCACAAAGCCCCAUAUUAUAUCUACAUGGUUAAUAAUACACACCACGAGGUCUGGUAUGAUGAUCCAGAGAGCAUUUCAAUAAAGUCAUCUAUCUUGAAGAAAUUAAACCUGCGUGGCAUAGGUGUGUGGAUUGGAAAUUUCCUGAACUAUAGUACAUAUCCUGCAGCAACAAUGCAGACCGAAGAAAUGUGGUAUGCUCUGCACUCUGCCUAA